GUUUUUCAGACCAUUUCACUGAAGUACAAUAGUCUCAAGCGCCGGUCUUUGCCAGCACCCCUCACCCCAUUUUUACAGUCCGAGAACCGAACUACAUAUGACAUCCGGCCACAACCCUGAGGCGAACCCGCCUGGUUCCGGCCUCGCCGCUGGACCUUCAGGCUCAGUCUCACGCUCACAACCACGGAACUCAAUCAACGAGACAACCCCCCUCCUCCGACCCAUAUCCCCCAAACCAAUCUCCACCGCCUCCUCCUCAAUUUCCACCAUCCAACAAGGGGAAGAAGAUGAAGAACCCGCAGCAGAAGAAACCACGCUCCUCCCCCCGACCGCGCUCUCCCCGGCGCGCCUCUGGCUGACCCUCGGGGCAACCUACGUCGGCGUCUUCCUAGGCGCUGUCGACAGCUCCAUCAUGGCCACGCUAUCGGCGCCCAUAGCGAGCGAGUUCCGCUCUUUGAGCCUCCUGUCGUGGCUGGCCACGGCGUACCUCAUCGCCACGGCCACCUUCCAGCCGCUGUCGGGCCGGCUGACCGACAUCUUUGGCCGCGGGCCCGGGUUGGUGUUUAGCAACGCCAUGUUUGCGCUGGGCAAUUUGGUUUGCGGCCUGGCUCGCGACGAGGCCGGCAUGAUUCUGGGCCGGGUGGUGGCGGGGGUCGGGGGUGGCGGGUUGAUGAGUAUUAGCACCUUUUUGGCGUCGGAUUUGGUGCCGUUGAAGAGGAGAGGGGUGGUGCAGGGGGUGGGGAAUAUUGCGUACGGAUCAGGGGCGAUGCUGGGUGGUGUGCUUGGCGGGUUCAUCAACGAUACCUCAUCCUGGGGAUGGCGGCUGGCUUUUCUGCUGCAGGUACCCGUCAUUGUAGCAUCUGGCCUCCUGGUGUGGUAUCUCGUUGAUGUGCCCCCCAAGGUCUCCAACAAGUCACUGCUCGCGCGCAUCGACUUUGGCGGCUCUUUCUUGACCGUCGGUUUUCUGGUUUUGGUACUGCUGGGUCUAAAUGCCGGCGGCAAUCUGGUCCCUUGGACUGAUCCCUUGGUCCUGACUACCAUCCCCCUAGGCUUUGCCAUGCUGGUUGCCCUUGUGUGGUGGGAAAGCCGGGCCAAGCAGCCCAUCAUUCCAGUUCGGCUGCUCCUCGACCGGACGGUGCUGACAGCAUGCGUCACCAACUUCCUCGGCACCAUGGUGGUCAUGAUGACCAUGUACUAUGUGCCUCUCUACCUCCAGGUCCUCGGCCAAUCCGCCACCCAGGCCGGUCUCCGCAUCCUAGCGUCUUCGCUUGGUGUCUCUAUCUCGUCCAUCGGAUGCGGCCUGAUCAUGAAGAGGACCGGCAAGUACGUAGGUCUUGGCAUUGGCGUGCUCUCCAUCUACACACUUGCCAUGUCCCUCACGGCCACGUUAGACGACCAGGCCGCAAACUGGGUUCUGUUUGUUUCCAUGGCCCUCCUCGGCGUCGGCUAUGGUGGGAUGCUGACGGUGACGCUGCUCGCCUGCAUUUCUGCCGUCGAGCACUCGCACCAGGCCGUCAUCACGUCGGCUACCUACGCGUUCCGUUCGGUGGGCGCAACGCUGGGCAUCACCGUCGCAUCGGCCGUGUACCAGAACGUUCUCAGGACUAGGCUGUGGGAGCGCUUUGGCGACUUGCCCGGGGCUGCCGAGGAGAUCGAGCGUAUUCGUGACGAUUUGGGUGAGCUGGCAAGGUUACCCGACGGUUGGUAUCCCGGCGUCAUCGAGUCCUUCAUGGAGGCGUUUAGGGGUGUGUGGGUGUUGGCAUUGGCCUUGACCGUGGCGGCCUUGGUGAGUGUCUCACUGAUGAAACAGCAUAAGCUGCAUGACAAUCUGGCUCGGGAAGAGGAGUAAGGGAAGACGGAUUAGACGGCUGGAACUCGGAUUAAUUGCCACACCAUGUUCGAUAAGGUCAUCAACCAAGUUAGACCAAGUAUAGACUCUAAAAUAGACGGAAAGAGUAUCCGGCUGCUG